AUCGAAAUUUCGGGUCGCAACCUUUGACUUUCCCACUGACCCGACAAGCGACAUCCUACACACAGUUCGCGAUGGCGGAAAUAGAACAGCAAGCAGGCCCCGAGCCUCAAGGCAUUCCCAUCCAAUUUGCGCCCGGUCAACAACCCACACCCGAACAGAUCCAACAGAUACAACAGCAAAUCGCCGCCGAGGCCGAAAAGGCCGGGCUGACCGUCCCAGAAUAUGUCGAACGGAUGAAAGCGCAACUGAUCGCGCAAGCGCAGCAGCGACAACAGCAACAAUUACAACAGCAGCAACAACAGGCCCAGCACGCCGCCAGCGGCGCCCAACCAGGCCAGCAGGAGAUCAUCCAACAAGGCCAACCACCAACUCCCGAAUCCCUGGCGCUGGCGGCGUUCCUGCGCAGCCAGGACCUCAAGCCGCGCACAUGCAUCCUGCAGGAGAAGCGGCACCAGAUGUUCAAGGUGAAGCGUGCGAUCCGGGCGUUGCACUCGGAUGCGUACAAAAAGGCGCAGGCCAAGAACCCGUUGCUUCCCGAGGUGAACGACCGGGUGACGGCGGAGAACUGCUUCAAAUUGCUCCCGCGGUCGUUCCUGGCGCUGCGCGUCAGCAAGAUCGACGAGGCCGAGGGCCACGAGGGCCACGAUCACGGAAAGAAGAAGCACGUCAAGGGCCUGUGGACGGUCAAAAUUGAGCCGCAGCAGGAGGCCGCGGAUGAGUUCUACUACGCCUGGUUCUACGAAGGUCCGCAGUGGAAGAACCGGUUAGCUGCGGUCGGCGCACUGGUCGGAAUUCUAGCGGUUGUGUUCUUCCCGGUGUGGCCAUACCAUCUGCGUUUGGGCGUGUGGUAUGUCAGCAUGGGCAUGUUGGGUCUGCUGGGUCUGUUCUUCGCCAUGGCCAUCUUCCGAUUGAUACUCUUCGUCAUUACCAUGUUCGUGACGCCACCGGGCCUGUGGCUCUACCCGAAUUUGUUCGAGGAUGUUGGAUUUUUCGAUUCGUUCAAGCCGCUCUGGGCCUGGCACGAGGACGAGCUGGCCAUCAAGAAGCGGAAGAAGGAGGAGCGUCAGAGGAAGAAGGCGCGUCGGGAGGCCAAGGGAAAUGAAAAGGCCGAGCGCAAGGGCGGAGCAGCACAACAGCCAGGAACUGUGGAGGAGAUCGAGGAGGAAGCGGAAGAGGUCGGAGAAGAAGUUGAGGCGGGCGAAGAGGCGCAUACUUCGGCGACAGACACGGGAGAUGCUGGGGCUGUGCAGCAUCGGAAUUUGAAGGCCACCGUGGAGGAGGAAGAUUGAUGAUGAUGAUAAUUGUUGAGAAGGGAGGAAUUUGAGGUUGAAGAUUGAAAGCGUAGGCGUUUUUGGCUAGAGCGAUCGCUCUAUUUCCUCUUCGCGACACGCAAAUGAAAUCGUUACAUGUUCACUAUUACCAAAAAGUUGCCGUGACAUCACCGAGGUUGUGCGGAAGGCUCCGGGUUUCUCUUGAGGUUUGACUACCAAGGUAACUUGCGCAAAUUCGUUGGAGACCGCUCAAUUUCUGGUGCAAUGUGAAUCGGGUUCGCCAUUUCGCCAAUGCGAGUGCGUAUCCAGGUCAUGGGAGUUCUCAAUCGUCUAGCAGACUACAUACGACCCACACCGUCAAAGCAGAUACACCGACGAGAUACUCGUG